AUGUGGGCAUUGGCGUGUAAGGCUGUGCUACAGGAGGACCUCGUCUCUGUCUCACUGGGUGUUGAGGCUACUGGCGGCGCUGAGGCUCGCGACCGGAGGUGUAUCCUGGGGGAAGCUGAGACGUACCACCUGCACAAGCUGGGGGAAGCUGAGACGCACCACCUACACAAGCUGGGGGAAGCUGAGACGCACCACCUGCCCAAGCUGGGGGAAGCCGAGACGCACCACCUACACAAGCUGGGGGAAGCCGAGACGCACCACCUACAUAAGCUGGGGGAAGCUGAGACGCACCACCUGCCCAAGCUGGGGGAAGCUGAGACGCACCACCUACACAAGCUGGGGGAAGCCGAGACGCACCACCUGCCCAAGCUGGGGGAAGCUGAGACGUACCACCCGCCCAAGCUGGGGGAAGCUGAGACGCACCACCUGCACAAGCUGGGGGAAGCUGAGACAUACCACCUGCACAAGCUGGGGGAAGCUGAGACGCACCACCUGCACAAGCUGGGGGAAGCCGAGACGUACCACCUGCACAAGCUGGGGGAAGCUGAGACGCACCACCUGCACAAGCUGGGGGAAGCCGAGACGUACCACCUGCCCAAGCUGGGGGAAGCCGAGACGUACCACCUGCACAAGCUGGGGGAAGCUGAGACGCACCACCUGCACAAGCUGGGGGAAGCCGAGACGUACCACCUGCCCAAGCUGGGGGAAGCUGAGACGUACCACCCGCCCAAGCUGGGGGAAGCUGAGACGUACCACCUGCCCAAGCUGGGGGAAGCUGGAACGCACCACCCGCAUAAGCUUGAGCAACAGCGAGACAAUCUUUAUUUCAGGGUGAUACCGGCGCCGAUUGGUUCCAACCCCCAGGUAGAGAAAGGUCCCUAUUGUGUAUCAGAUAAGAGCAAAACAAGCCAAGGGAGAGCUACUGGUAUCACUCAAGGCUUCAUUAGCUACGUGUACCGUACAAGGAAGGUGUACCGUACAAGAUCAAGAAGAGAAAAACUGAAGGAAGUUGACCCUGAAGGAGUGUAA